AUGCACCAACCCGACGGACUACCCGGCUACACAGCUGAAUUUCCAAGCGGUAGUGGAAGAAUUCAAGGUUAUCCAAUUAAGGCUACAUCCGCAGAAAUACAGUGGCUGAAACUGCUGCUAGGUGCCCAGGGGAAUGUUCAACUUACUGUAGCUUACUGUACUGGCGCAGACUGGCGCGCGCCGGUCGCACGUCGGCCAUCUGGCGCGACGGCGCUUCAUUGGCUACCUUCGCUCCCUCUUCUCCUGGCGCGUUGGAGUGCGCGAUGGCGAGCAGCGACGAUGACAUUUGGGAUGCGAGCGACUUUGGGGUCCCGUCGUCGUCCACAUCGCUGCGUGUCUCUGCUGCUGUAGUACCUCCAAGAGCCUCGUCGUCAAGGAUAUCGGACGCGAACGCGGUCGUCAAGCCGAAGCCCAAGUUCCCCUUGUCAAAUGGCCGAACCGCUGGCGCCGCCCCACCUCGCGUCGUCGCACCAGCAGCGGCGUCAUCGCGUCCACCAGCAACAGCAGCACCACCACCACGGCGGAGCACAACGCCCCCCUCGACCGAGCUCAAGACACCACGCCCGCGUUCCGUCUCUACGUACCCUUUGUUGGACGGCAAACCGAAUCUAUCGCUCAAUACGACCUCGAACGUGUCCCCGCGAGAGACGAGCUCGACCCACCGGAGCGCGUCCCCUUUCCCAGAAGCGGCAAUGGAUGCACGGAUACUGCACCGGCUACGCAGGUACAUCCUGUGUCUUGCCAUCGUCGAGUUUGAUAUCGACUUGGGCGUGAGUCUUUCCGAGCUGUCGUCGCUAUUAAAGCCCCCGGAGAGUGGACCGAGCUGACUUGACGUCAACUCUGUCAUGGUGCCCCACGUUCGGCCCUGCUAGCCCGCGCUGAGCGAGGUGUAUCCCCCAACGCGGUUCCCCAAGUCACUGCAAUCCAACAUCGCCUUCUCCUCCCUCCCCGAGGGCGAGGAUCAACUACCCACCGCAGGCGCCCACAUCUUCUCCUGGAGAAUACCGCUACCCGGGCGCCCGACCUCGACCACGUCCGUCUCGAGCGGCAAUGCGAGUGCCAACGGCAAUCAAAUCGUCGACGACCCUUUCUUGGCCACUUUGAUGCACACGGAGGCGACGACGUCGAGAUCGACCUUGGGUAGUGGUCGAAUGAGUAGCGAGGUCGGCCAGGAUGAGGAUUCUGCCCAGGAAGACGAUCAAGGUGCCGGCGACCUGGGAUCGAGAUCGGAUGGGCAUUUGCACGGUUUCGUCUACUUUCUCCAGGAAAAGGUGGGGGCGCAUUGCGACACGUUCCAAGCAAAAGGAACCUCGAGCUGAACGAAGAUUGACGCUCUCCCAGAACGAUUCGGUACGGAGAGGUUACACGCAGCGAUCUCUAGUUCUCGUACGUGCUCACUCGAGUCUCAUGAGCCUUAAGAGGGUCCGACUGAAUACAAUAAUCGUAUCUGCGCUCGCACAGAUCACACAUCGCCCUUCGCUCGUCGGUCUCUUCUCGAGCACCAUAGCGACUCUUGGACCACUCCACUUCAAGCACAGCUCCCAGGGAGGCGGUAUGGUCGAGACUGCAUGCUACAAUAUCGCUUCCUGGUGCGUCAGUGGUUCGAGACCCGGGUUCGAGUCGCUCGCUGAGACGCGCUCCUACGUACAGGCCAGAACUCUUACCCGGCGCCACUCUCGACUACCCUUUCCUCGGCGUCGUACACUCGGUCUCGAUACCGAUCGAUUCGCAGCCCCAAUGGCUCAAACCUCUCGCCUCGACAUCGGGCAAGGGCACGCAACUCAAGUCGCCUAGUGUGGGCGGCCUUGUACCUAUAGUAAGGCGCAGCACCGGUCGAAUCUAUCCCUGAAUCAAAUUAACAUCGACUUCGUAACGAUUUUUCACCAGAUCCCUGCAUCAUCUCCUCUUACACCAUUAUCAGUCGCAUUGCAUGACACACUAUCGUUCUCCAAAAUCCUUCUGCUCUGGGAACUCGUCCUUCUCGGCGACCCCAUCCUCAUCUCGACCUCGGAUCCUCGCACCGGCUCCGAGCUUGUACAUCAUCUAAAGAAUCUCAUUCGCCCCAUUUUGUUUGCGGGGGAUUAUCGACCCUAUUUUCAUAUUCACGAUACGGACUUUGCUCGGAUCGCGAGUCCUGGCAAGGUAAGGGUUCGAACAGACGGGGAUCAAGUCUGAGGAGCGGGAGUCGAAUUAACUCUGUCAAGGUUUGUAUUCACAGCCAAUACCAGGAUCCAUCCUCUCCUCUACCAACCCACUCAUUUUGACCCAACUCAAAAGUCGACCCCACAUCCUUCGGACACACAUCGGCAAGACCGAAUCCACAUCAACUGCGACCAUCGGUUUAACGUCGACGCGCAAGCGGCACGUCAAAAAGGACCCCGUCGUUGCUAAAGCAGUCGAAACGGCGUUCAAGGGCGGAGAUUACGUGACGUGUGAUGCUUUGAUUUUCAAGCAUCUCGCGGCGCUGACGGAGAGCUUUAUCGCUCCUCUGAACCGUUACUUUGCGUCGGCUGGGGGACCGAGUGCUACCUCUCAAGGGUGAGUUUCGCUUGAGGCUACCUGGUACCGACACUGUAGACUGAUGUGGCCUUGACUCGCAGCUCGGCACUCAGCCCGGCGUAUGAGAGAUCACUCUCCUCGACCAUCUCCUCCAUCCCUUCAACCUCGGCUUCCUUCCCAACCUUCACCCCCUCCUCCUUCCUCGCCUCCCUCAAAGCGCACGGCACACCCCUUCCCUUCCGUGCUCCAACAACCUCGGCCCUCUCAUCCACGAUCGAGCGCUUCUAUUCGCGCUUCUUGACGAGUCCAAAUUUCGCGAGUUGGUUGCACCAUCGUGCGGAUUUAACGGGUGAAGCGGUCAAGAGUCGGUGGUUGGAGAAGGUCGAAAAUGCAGAUUUGGAUGAGUGGAGGAAGGGGAAGGACCAAGGGGAGGUAGAUCGGUUGGUUGAAAGGUUGGAGAAAGAAGUGGUGAGGCAUUAUCUAUUCCUGAGUGGCUUGCGCUUUGGCAAUCGUUUGCUGACGAACUUUUUUGACGAACCCAGGUCAUUUCCGAACGUCUCGAGCGCAAACGGUCCCUAUCCUCCUCGCCGCUCACCCAUACUCGAAGAUACCCCUGGGGAAACUCAUCCCAACCCCAACAAAUUAAUACGAACCUGUCCUCAUCACCUUCCCGAAGUCCCCUCCCGCCUAAUCAUUUCGGAACUUCUCCGACGAAUGGCGGGAUGGGGACUCGGAGUGAGAAGUUGAGGAAUCAGGUGGAGGUCUUGAGGAGUCCUAUUUGA